CUGUUUUUGAACUGUAACCCGGAAAUAAUACUGGACGAACAGGGACGCGGAUUCCAAGAGCUGCUGUUUUUCUUCGAUCAUACACACCGCUAAGUACUCGAAUACAUCAGAAAAUGGGGAGAUAGUAUAUUUUAUAGUUAGUCAAGUUUUUCAGCGUAGUAGCUACCUUUAUUAAGAUUGCGUUGAACAGACACGACACCAGCAUUUGCCACCAGCAUGGCAAACAAUACCAACGCACCUGGGAAGGUCCUGGGCACACCUGGACCCGCUGGAAGACUUAGUCCUGAGGGAAGCCAGGUCCUGAGUAAGAAGAAACUCCAGGAUCUGGUCCGGGAAAUUGACCCAAAUGAGCAGCUUGAUGAGGAUGUGGAGGAGAUGCUGCUUCAGAUCGCUGACGACUUCAUUGAGAGCGUGGUGACCGCUGCCUGUCAGUUGGCUCGCCACAGGAAGUCCAGCACCCUGGAAGUGAAGGACGUCCAGCUACACCUUGAGCGCCAGUGGAACAUGUGGAUCCCAGGCUUUGGCUCCGAUGAGAUCCGCCCGUAUAAGAAGGCUUGCACCACAGAAGCCCACAAACAGAGAAUGGCACUGAUCCGCAAAACGACCAAAAAGUAGCAAGACCCAGGGCCCAUAUGACAAAAUCUUUUUUUCAAACGUUUCUGCUUUCUCUUGGGGUAUCUUAGGGUUGGGAUUGACAAAACAAUUGGUUUAAGGGUGUCUGUGGGGGGGCGGUGUUGGGAGGUCGGGGGGGGGGGGGGGGGGGGGUCAGGGUGUGUGUGCAGCAUCUCCUGCAGCAGAUGCUUACUCAAUAGGUAUUUCUGGAAACAUAAAAGUUGUGAUAUGUCUACCAGUGAUUUAUCAUUGUCAUCAUCUUUUCCGACGUUUUUUGUGUGGUGUUUGUGAUCGCCUUCGCUGCUGCGUAAGCGAUUCCAAGCGAGCAGGUCGCCUCUCGUCCUCUGCUUGCCGGAAAAACACACGGUGUGCUCACAUUUAUAGGGCAUUCAGCAGAAAAACGUUCGUUUCGUUAGCCGUAUCUUUCAAAAUGGUCUCAGAUCAUCCAUCGCCAUGCAGUUUGUUUGCCGUCAUAUCAUCCAUUCCAGCUGACACAGAAAAAUAGUCGCCAUUAGAAUAACAAUAAUAAAGGCGCGCGAAUGUGAGCACACCUUCAGUAUAUGUUGAAAUGUCCCCAGCAGUAAUCACUGGCCAUAACAUGCUAGAGGAGUGCAGAUACUCCCAUGAACAUAAAGCUAAUUAACAGCUUAUCUACUUAACUAUCCACACAACUAAACUGCCCUCAUCGUUGAAAAUCAGGUCUCCGUGAUACACACAAGCGCAUAGAUAGGAAUCUGCACCCUGUACGGAUAUAUGUUUAUGCCACCAUGCAUGCAUAUAUACUCCGCCACAAGCAAAUAAAUGCAGUCUAUGUGAAACCUAA